CAGAACACGUCCACACUUUAUCGUCGAGAGCGCCAAUAUUGCUCCAGUGCUCCGCAGCCCGGCUAAUAGUCCUUCUUGAAAAUGGCCAACAUCGCUAAGAUCUUUGCUACCCGUGCCCAGAAUGUCCUGCAGGCGGCCGCCCGUCAGCCACAGGUUGCUGUCCGCUUCAGCAGCUCCUCCACCAACAACUGGGAGUAUAUUAAGACCGAAGUGGCCGGCGAGGGAAAGAACGUGGCCGUGAUUACCCUGAAUCGGCCCAAGGCAUUGAAUGCCCUCUGCAAUGGCCUGAUGAAGGAGUUGUCCACCGCGCUGCAGCAGUUUGGCAAGGAUCAAAGCAUCGCCGCCAUUGUUUUGACCGGUAGCGAGAAGGCCUUUGCCGCUGGAGCUGAUAUUAAGGAGAUGGUGGGCAACACCUACUCGCAGUGCAUUCAGGGAAACUUCUUGAACGACUGGACUGAAGUGGCCCGCACCCAGAAGCCCAUCAUUGCCGCCGUGAAUGGUUACGCCUUGGGCGGUGGCUGUGAGUUGGCCAUGAUGUGCGACAUCAUCUACGCUGGCGAUAAGGCCAAGUUUGGUCAGCCAGAGAUUGCCCUGGGCACCAUUCCCGGAGCCGGUGGCACCCAGCGCUUGACCCGCGUUGUUGGCAAGUCCAAGGCCAUGGAGAUGUGCCUGACCGGCAACAUGAUCGGCGCUCAGGAAGCCGAGAAGCUGGGUCUGGCCAGCAAGGUGGUGCCCGCCGACCAGUUGUUGGGUGAGGCCGUCAAGCUGGGCGAGAAAAUCGGCACCCACUCGAACCUGAUUGUGCAGCUGUGCAAGGAGGCUGUGAACACGGCAUACGAGACCACGCUCCAGGAGGGUCUGAAGUUCGAGCGUCGCACCUUCCAUGCCACCUUCUCCACGGCUGAUCGUAAGGAGGGCAUGACUGCCUUUGCCGAGAAGCGCCCCGCCAAGUUCACCAAUGAGUAAGGUCGGAUUGAAAGCCAGAUCCAACCCAGCCAGCAUUGCAUUUAUAUUUUCGUAACAAAAUCUGUUGUUUGUACGCAAUUAAAACUUUAUUCGUGAUAAUUUGAAAACGUUAAA